AUGAUCCAAACCCACCACCGCACCGCCACCCCGAAAGGCCUCUCCUCCAUCACCACCCUCCUCACGACCCCCGGCGCAUCCCUCCUCAUCGACCACCCUUUCCUCCUCGCAGAUGCCCAGUCCACCAUACACUGGAUAAAAUCCCUAACUCCCCACGCCCCCACUGCCAUCUUCCUCACCCACCACCACCCAGACCACUUCUUCUCCGCGAAUCCCAUUCUGGCCGCCUUCCCAGACGCCAAAUUCUACGCCGCUCCCUACGUCUGCUCCCGCAUCAACGCCGAAUACGAUCAGAAAGCCAAAUACUGGCCCGCGGUGCUCGGCACCGACGCCGUUCCCGCUGCGCCCCGCAAGCCGGACCCGUACUUGUCGAGCUUCUUCCUGCUGGACGGGUCUCCCGUUGUGCUGCUGGGUCCGGUGCAGGGCGAUUGUGUGGAUCAGACGGUUUUUUGGGUCCCCGAGAGUAGGACGGUUGUUGCGGGUGAUGUCGUGUUUGGGAGGAGUGUGCAUGUUUGGGUCGAAGAACUCGAAUCACCCGCUCUCGUGCAUUCAUGGCUCAAAACCCUCGACAUGAUCGACCACCUACACCCGCAGAAGAUCAUCCCAGGUCAUAUGGAAGAAGGAUGGGAGUUGGAUGUCAAGGCGGAUCUAGACCACACGAGGCGCUAUCUACGGUUGUUUGCGGAGAAAGUCACCUAUGCGUCUGGCAGUGGUGGUGGCAAACCUUCUGUGCAAGAGCUAUAUGAUACCUUCCGGGAGGCGUUCCCUGAGUGUCGGGAGAAUCUGGAAUUCUUUUUGGGACAUAUGGCGAAUCGGUUUGGCCAGGGGGAAAGAGGGAGGAGUUGGUGGAAGCGAGGGGGAGUAAAUACGGGGUAA